CGGCUCGUUGCCAGUCGCCCGCGCUGCCCGCCCGCGCCCGCACCUACAGCAAGCUGGAGCUGCGAACCGCCGCGGACACGAGUGGGAGCGCGCCGCGCGGAGGCAGGUGGCGGCACGCCGCCGCCGUGGGCCAUGACAGCGCCGCCCUCCGCCGCCCCCGGCGCCGCCUCCGCGCACACGCGCCCCUUCAAUGUGGAGAUGCCCGCUGCCGAAGGAGUGCUGCCCGCAGGGAUGCUGCGCGCUGUACCCGCCUUCGGGAGCGCGUCCGCCGCCCCCGGCUCCCCCGGCGCCGCCGCCCGUGCUGGCGCUCGUCUUCUGGAACAAUUGGUACCUCUGAUUUUCUUUUCUUCCACUCAUUUCAUCGCCUGUGAAUUACCAUGUUGUGUCAUUGUGAUUUUUACUUCUGUAUAA